CGCACUUCCCUCCCGGAAGUAAAACAACCGUACAGGGGGAGACGUUAGCUCGUUAGCCUCAAAAUGAGUUUGUUUUUGCCCAAAUUAACGUGCAAAAAAGAUAUCGACGAAGUCAUUAAAGGGGUGGCAGAAAAAGUCGUGGUUUUACGGUUCGGCAGGGACGAUGACUCGGUGUGUCUGCAGCUCGACGAGAUACUCUCUAAAACGGCCCACGACUUGAGUAACAUGGCGUCCAUUUACAUCGUCGAUGUUGAUAAAGCUCCCAUUUACACGAGAUACUUCGACAUAAGCUACAUCCCCUCCACUGUCUUCUUCUUCAACGGACAGCACAUGAAGGUCGAUUAUGGCUCUCCAGAUCACACCAAGUUCGUUGGCAGCUUCAAAACCAAGCAAGAUUUCAUGGACCUGAUUGAAGUGAUCUACAGAGGAGCCAUGCGGGGGAAAAUGAUCGUCCAGAGUCCCAUAGAUCCUCAAAAUAUUCCCAAAUAUGAUCUCCUCUACCACGGGAUUUAGAAUCGGUGACUUUAUUCAUUAUGUGAUGGGCAAGAAGCUCUGCAGAGUAGCACUGACGGCUGCUGAAUGAGUAACAAGAGACAUUCAGACUUUGAACCACAAAGUAGCUGUUUGAGGAAUACUAAAGUGCCUCUGAUUUAAAGACUGUUGAACAUUUAUUCUUUUUUUGUUGUUGUUCUUGUUGUAGAGAUCAAAUUACCGACAGUGUUUUUGCCUUUACAGGGAGUGUGACAGUAAGGAGGAUUGCGGGUUAGUAAAAACAGAUAUCAACAGAAGUGUUUUGCAAAUAUUUGAUGAUAUAGGAAAUGCAAACCUAAGGGAUGUAAAGAGUUUGACUGCAGGGUAGUCUCUACCAGUUUUUAACAGAACUAUGUGGGAGGCUGGAAAAACUGGAAUGAGUUCAAAUUUUACCUGUGUUAAGUAAUGGCAGGUGCGCACUCUGUAGUGGGAUUUGUCAAAUGUUUCAUAGUUUAUUUUGUUAACACUAAAAAAAUUUUUUAUCAGUGAAAAAUAUAAUUUUGGUGUUUUUUGUUUUUUUUCUGCCUUCUUCACACGUUUGAUAGGCGUGAGUUUUGAUGCACUGUGUUAGCGUUUCCUGUGGUAAACCAAUGUAUAUCAGCAGCGAGAUGGCACAUUUAUCCACUGUGCAUGCUCUGCUGUUAUAAUAAAAUUUCAACCAUCAUUUU